AUGUCUCUCCGAACGCCCAUAAUCCAGCUCACGAAAAGAGCUUCAAAAUCCACAAUCUCAAAGCUUACAACACCAGCAAGCUCACUAUGGCAGCGCAAUGCGAACGAUCAAUCGAGGUCAUUUGCUACGCCAGCUCCACCCGUCACACAAAAUGCCACGAGUUCAAAGGGACCUACCGCUAUGGUGUUUAUGAACAUGGGUGGACCUUCAACGACUGACGAAGUGGGAGAUUUCUUGAGCAGACUGUUUGCAGAUGCGGAUCUUAUUCCUCUCGGAAGAUUUCAAAAUUAUCUUGGCCCUCUGAUUUCGAAACGUCGAACCCCCAAGAUUCAAAAACAAUAUGCAGCGAUUGGUGGCGGAUCACCUAUUCGAAAAUGGUCAGAGUAUCAAGCCGAAGAGAUGUGUAAAAUACUAGACAAAACUUCCCCGGAAACUGCUCCUCACAAGCCAUAUGUUGCAUUUCGUUAUGCAAACCCUCUUACAGAAGAAAUGUACAGUCAAUUAUUGGAGGAUGGUUUUGGUAACGGAAAAGGUGGAAGAGCUGUAGCAUUCACACAAUAUCCACAAUACAGUUGCUCCACCACAGGGAGCAGUCUGAACGAACUAUGGAAAUGGCGUCAAAAGCUAGAAGGAAAAAGUGCUGGACCAACCACAGCAAAUGAUGGAUCAAUUACUUGGAGCGUGAUCGAUAGAUGGCCGUCUCAUCCUGGACUCGUGGACGCAAUCGCACUCAACAUUGAAGCCAAACUCCAAGAAUAUCCUGAGGAUGUACGAGAUGAUGUUGUACUACUAUUCUCGGCUCACAGUCUUCCAAUGGAUGUUGUGAACAGAGGUGACCCUUACCCAGCUGAGGUUGCAGCCACAGUGGCGGCCGUCAUGCAAAGAUUAGGACAUACCCAUCCAUACAGAUUGGUAUGGCAAUCACAGGUUGGACCAAAAGCUUGGCUUGGAGCUCAAACCAGUGAUACUGUAAGCAAUUACAUCGCCAAAGGACAAAAGAAUAUGAUUUUGAUACCUGUCGCUUUUACCUCUGAUCACAUCGAGACUUUGUACGAGUUGGACGAAGAGGUCAUCGGGGAGUCUGGCCAUAAGGAUACUAUCAAGCGUGCUGAGAGUUUGAAUGGGUCACCUGUGUUCAUCAAGGCGUUGGCUGAUAUCGCUAAAACUCACCUUGAUAGUGGUAUCAUUUGCAGCAAGCAGAUGGGUUUGAGAUGUCCGGGAUGUACCAAUGAGCGAUGCGCUGCAAGCAAAAAGUUCUUUGCUGGGCAAGGUCUGGGUGAAACUUUUGCUGUUUGA